AUAUGUACACAGUGGGCACCACCACCCCUUUCUCCGCCUGUUAUCAGUGGCUGGUGAGCAAUCACACACACAGAGGAACCGCCUAUCGCUGAAAAAGUUCUUCCUCCACUCCGAGUGGUCAAAGUCUGCACGAAACCAACGACUACAGUCAAAGCUACGUUUGACGCUAUUUCACUUAAAGAGGAGGAUUAAUAACACUGACAUUACUCAGGCCCGAUGGCUCCACUGCUGAAAUGCAGCCUUUUUAUUCUGCUGGCGUGCUUCCUAACGCCUGUUCCAGUGGAGGCAGAAGGAAAAGGCUUUCACAGACAGAAAAGAGAAUGGAUCAUAGCUCCCAGACAGCUUUAUGAGAACAACGAUUACACAGGCUUGGCCUACAUUGCUCGAAUUCGCUCUGAUAAGGAGAACUACACAACGAUAUGGUAUUAUCUAUCGGGGCCAGGGGUUGACCAGCCCCCUGUUGGUAGAUUUGCUAUUGACCGUAACACGGGCUUUGUGAAAAUCUAUUCCAUUCUGGACCGAGAGGAGAUCCCCUACUAUCAUUUACGAGGCUUGGCAAAAUACGCUGAUGGGACCCUUGCUGAAAAGGAUAUUGACCUUAAUAUUACCGUUUUGGAUGUGAAUGACAACCCACCGAUCAUUAAAGUACAUCAAGUCGGAUAUGUCAAUGAAUCGAGUGCAGCAGGUACUGUUGUGAUGAAAGUGAUAGCAACUGAUGCUGAUCAAGAGAACACACUCCACUCCAAGAUAUUCUACAGAAUUGUGGGGCAGAGUGACACAGCUGGGAUGUUCUCCAUCAACUCUCAAACUGGAGAGGUCACUGUUCGACAGAGCACGCUAGAUAGAGAGACAAAGGAUACAUAUACUUUGAAUAUACUAGCAUCAGACUUGGGUGGACAAGUGGGAGGAAAUUCAGGAACUGGAGAAAUUGUUGUCAGAAUUCUGGACAUAAAUGACAAUAUUCCAACCAUGGAAAAAGAAUCGUAUGAAGGGAGUGUGGAGGAGAACACUAUCAAUGUGGAAGUGAUGAGGAUCAAAGCUGUUGACAGGGAUCUGAUUCACACUGACAACUGGCUGGCUGCGUAUGAAAUCGUUUCUGGGAAUGAGGCAGGAUAUUUCACUAUCACUACUGAUAGUCAGACCAAUGAGGGAAUUAUCAUGAUUCACAAGGCCUUGGACUAUGAGGAACUAAAGACGCUUAACUUGGAAGUGGCUCUUUCUAACAAAGCAGCAUACAAUUUUGGCAGUGGGAUCACGACUGGCACAACAAUCCCAAAAACCUACCCUGUUAAAAUCAAUGUGAUCAAUCAGAAGGAAGGUCCCCGAUUUCAACCAAGUGUCAAAGUGGUGACUAUCUCUGAGGACCAGUCUUCCGUCUUCAUCAACAAAGUUAUCACUACCUACUCUGCUAUUGACAGUGAUACGCUAAAAACAGCCACCAACGUAAGGUAUGCUAAAUUGAAAGAUGAAGGCAACUGGUUGGUUAUUGAUGAAAAGACGGCAGAGAUCAAGCUGAAUAAGCUUCCUGACAGAGAGUCCAAGUUGUUGAUCAAUGGAACUUAUUAUGCUGAAAUUAUAUGCAUUUCCAAUGAUAAUCCCUCAAAAACUGCCACAGGGACCAUAGCCAUUCAGGUGGAGGACUUUAAUGAUCACUGUCCAAAACUGACCUCUACAGUCCAGACCAUGUGCCUUGAGGAUAAUGUGAUCUACGUUACAGCCGUAGAUGAAGACAAGUUCCCCAAUUCUGCACCAUUUGAAUUCACUGUGAUUCAGGGAAGCAGCAAGGGGGGGUGGACAGUGGAGCAUCUUAAUGAAACCACAGCCAUUCUGCGAGACCAAGCCAACUUGUGGCCAGGGACGCACAAAGUAGCAGUGGAUGUCAAAGACCAGCAGGGAAAGUCAUGUGCUGAUGUUCAGAUGAUUGACGUAAUUGUGUGUAGUUGCCAUGACGUCACUAAAACCUGUACGCCGCGCACUGAAAAGACUGUGGAUUUUGGAGCUAAAGGUGUCCUGCUUCUGCUCCUGGGACUGCUGCUUCUGCUUUUGCUGCCCCUUCUGCUGCUGUUCUGCCUGUGUGGAGGUGUAGCAGCUAUUGGAGAUUUCAAGGCCAUUCCAUAUGAUACAAAGCAACAGCUCAUCUCAUAUCACACUGAGGGACAGGGAGAAGACAAGGAAGUUCCUCUUCUGCAUGUCCCAGUGGAAGUUGAUGGUGGCACAGUAAAUGCCAAGAACAUCAACACCUAUGAGGGAAAGGGACACCUUGGAGAACUGACUGAAUUUGGAGCUGCAGCAGGGGGGGGCGCAACCUUCGUCAGGGGCCUAAAUACUGUCAACAUGACGGCCGAGGAAAUGCGCCUGUACAACCAAUAUAACCAUUCCGGUUGGCAGGGGGGGUUGGACUACGGUGAUGCUGGGAUGAUGACAGGACAAGAAAAUAAUUUCUCCCAAUACAGGGCUGGGGCCUUUGAUGGGAUGGCUCUAUCUGAUCAGUUCCUGGAGGAGUAUUAUUCAAGUAAAGCCAACCAUGCUGCACUACAAUCCCAGCAAAUGGACGCUCAGCUGGUCUAUGACUAUGAGGGUAAAGAGUCCUUGGCAGGUUCUGUAGGUUGCUGCAGCCUUCUUGAGAACGAUAAUGACCUUGGAUUCCUCAAUGAUCUCGGACCUAAAUUCAAAACCCUGGCUGAGAUUUGUCAGGGGUCGACCUUGGUAACAGAGUCUGUGGAUGCAAAGGUUUCUUUCUCUCAGCCCAGACCAGUGUCUCCUGUCCGGCCCUCCACCCACACGUAUGUCCAUACUCACACAGAAAAAAUCAGGGACAGGGACCAUGCGAACAUCAACACCAUCAACACCUCCAAUGUAGUGUCUGAGAGAAUCACUGAGAGAGCCCAGGGUUCAGCCACCAUUCCCACCGUACAUGUCCAAGACAAGAGUGGGAUUUCCAGUCAGACGCUGCUCAUACAGCAGCCCGCGGUGUACUACGCUGCCACGCCCAUGUAUGUAGUCGAGUCCAAGCCCCAAAUGGUGCUUGUGUCAGGGGGAACCCAGCAGGCAAUGGGUCAAAUAGGCCAAGUUGGGCUAAGUCAGGGGCUGGUGCAGGUUGGUGGCCUGCAAAGUGGUCAGCAGUUAAUGCAGGUUGGUGGCCUUCAAGGUGGUCAGGGGUUGGUGCAGGUUGGUGGCCUGCAAGGUGGUCAGCAGUUAAUGCAGGUUGGUGGCCUGCAAGGUGGUCAGGGGUUAGUACAGGUUGGUGGCCUGCAAGGUGGUCAGGGGAUGGUGCAGGUUGGUGGCCUGCAAGGUGGUCAGGGGAUGGUGCAGGUUGGUGGCCAACAAGGUUCUCAUGGUGUGGUCCUUGUAGAUAGGCAAGUAGGAAUGGGUGGAGUGACAGGGCAGGUAGCACAAGGCCAUUCACAAGGAACCCACUCCAGGUCUAGACAAGUGUUAGUGGUGGAGAGCGCGUCCUCAGGGGAAGAGCAAGGUGGGCACUUAGCACAGGGCUUUGUUCAGAUGGGACAUAGGUCUGCAGAGCAGGGUUUGGAGGUAAGAGGUCAAGGUUUGAAUGUUGAAACUCAGAAUUCUUCACUGGCUUCAUCCAGUUCUACGGGGUCAAAAGAGGACUUUACUCUGACAGCCACACCCAAACUGAAAGGAAGCCAGAGAGUGGUUGUGCAACGUAAGAAAGUCUCUGUAACUGAGAGGAAUAUUGAAUCUAGUUCAAGGGCGUAAAGGGGCCCAUUUGUUUAGCAUACACACUAGUUUUGUCAUAUACUGAAAUAUAUUUCAGUAUACUUAAAUAUACUACAGUAUGUAAAUACAUACAGUAGAUGGUCAUACAGAUAGAUAUUGUGAUAAAUUGGGGUAAACUGGU